AUGAAUUUUCUUCGAUCUCUGUACAUCCUGCUCAUCGCCCUCCCUAUCUUUAUUUUCCUUUUUGUUCGAUACCAGCCGUUACGAUAUCUACUAGCAAAAUCCGUGGACAGGGAAGCCACAGAAAUAAAAAAAGAAAAAGAUAGUAUGCUUCAAGAAAUGACAAAAGAAAAAGAAAAUAUGCUUCAAGAAUUGAAAAAAGAAAAAGAAAAUAUGCUUCAAGAAUUGACAAAAGAAAAGAAGGACCAAAACGAAGACAUGACAAAAAAAAUAACAAUAACGAAACCAAAAGAACCAACUGUUCCUCAAAACAUUGGAGUAAAAGAUUUGUGUACAUUGCUUGAUAAAG